AAAACGUGCAUGCAAUAUAAAACGAAACUGUAAAUCGAAUCGCGCAGCUUUUGUCUAAAAAAAGAGCACAACGAUUUCACGGUUUCGUUUGCCGAUUCGUGUGGAUUCCAAAAUCGGCCGCCGGAACGAGCGGCAAAAGCUUAACAACAUGGCCAAAUCGACGGCAGCCAAUUCAAGUUGGCUGGCCGCUCUAAGUCUGCCGCUGCUGCUGCUGUUGAUCCUGGUCCAAACAAUUACGGCUGAUGAAGCGUUUUCGUGUCCAAAUGGUUGGGAGCUGCGCGGCUUGAAUUGCUAUAAAUAUUUUAACAUAAAACAUUCGUGGGAGAAGAGCGCCGAACUGUGUCGAAGAUAUGGCGCCGAACUGGUGGCCAUCGACACUUAUGCCGAGAACAAUGAAACCCUGGCCAUAGCGCGCGCCAGCGAUCCCAAUCAGCGGGCGUCGGACAAGUAUUGGUUGGGUCUGGCCUCACUGGAUGAUCUGCGCACCAAUACCUUAGAGUCUGCUUCGGGUGCUCUUAUUUCCCAGUACUCGGGCUUCUGGUCUCUGCACCAGCCCGAUGCGCAUUCUGGUGAAUGUGUGGCAGCUAGUUUCGCAAGCAAAUCGCAGAGCUGGGAUCUGGGCACCUGCGAGUCGCUGCUGCCCUUCAUGUGCCGUGCGCCUGCCUGCCCGCAGGGUGCGUUACAUUGUGCGAACGGCAAGUGCAUCAACCAGGCCUUCAAGUGUGACGGCAGCGAUGACUGCGGGGAUGGUACCGAUGAGCUGGACUGUCCAGCCCAAUGCCAUUACCACAUGCAGUCGGGCGGCGAUGUCAUUGAGACACCCAACUAUCCGCAUAAAUAUGGAGCGCUGAGCAAGUGCAAGUGGACAUUGGAAGGCCCACUGGGUAGCAACAUCAUAUUGCAGUUCCAGGACUUUGAAACGGAGAAAACCUUCGACACCGUACAGAUACUGGUGGGUGGCCGCACCGAGGAUAAGUCUGUUUCUCUAGCUACACUGAGCGGUAAACAGGACCUGACCACACAGCCAUUUGUCUCUGCCUCUAACUUCAUGAUUGUCAAGUUCACGACCGAUGGCAGCGUGGAGCGCAAGGGCUUCAGAGCCACUUGGAAAACCGAGGCUAAGACCUGUGGCGGCACCCUGAAGGCCACACUACAGCGUCAAAUACUGACCAGUCCCAACUAUCCUAAGCAAUAUCCCGGUGGUCUGGAGUGCUUGUAUGUGAUUAAAGCACAACCAGGUCGCAUCAUUUCCAUUGAGGUUGAUGAUUUGGAUGUGGCUGAGGGACGCGACUAUUUGCUAAUCCGUGAUGGUGAGACGCCCAUGAGUCGCACCAUUGCCAAACUGACAGGCCAGACAACGCAAAAUGAACGCGUGAUUAUCUCCACGGGAAAUGCACUCUAUUUGUAUUUCAAGUCUAGCUUGGGUGAGGCAGGCAAGGGUUUCAAUUUGCGGUACAUACAGGGCUGUAAGGCCACGAUUACGGCUAAAAAUGGUACGGUUACUUCGCCCGCCUUUGGACUGGCCGACUAUCCCAAGAAUCAGGAGUGUUACUUUACUAUCCGAAAUGGAGCACGUGCGCCCCUCUCCCUCAAGUUUGAUAAGUUCAGUGUGCACAAGAGUGAUAAUGUUCAGGUCUAUGACGGCUCAUCUACUUCCGGCUUGCGUCUGCAUUCUGGUAAUGGAUUUACGGGCACGGCUGCUCCAAAACUGACCCUGACUGCCUCGUCUGGCGAAAUGCUGAUCAAGUUUACAUCGGAUGCGCUCCACAAUGCUGCUGGUUGGUCAGCUACUUUCUCAGCCGAUUGUCCUGAGCUUCAACCGGGCAUUGGCGCCUUGGCUUCUAGUCGCGAUACAGCUUUCGGUACAGUCGUUAGUUUUACUUGUCCGAUUGGCCAAGAAUUUGCCACGGGCAAGACGCGUUUGGUUACGGAAUGCAUGCACGGUGGCAACUGGAGCGUCUCUUAUAUACCCAAAUGUCAAGAGGUCUACUGCGGUCCAGUACCACAAAUCGACAAUGGUUUCUCCAUUGGUUCCUCGAACGUAACCUAUCGCGGUAUUGCCAUGUACCAGUGCUAUGCCGGCUUUGCCUUUGCUUCAGGCGCUCCGAUAGAGAAGAUAUCUUGUCUGCCCGAUGGUCGUUGGGAACGCCAACCCAACUGCAUGGCUUCACAGUGUGCUCCACUCCCAGAAGUCUCACAUGCUAACGUAACACUGCUUAAUGGAGGAGGACGCAGCUAUGGCACCAUAGUUCAAUACGAGUGCGAUCCCGGCUAUGAGCGCAACGGACAUCCCGUACUUAUCUGCAUGUCCAAUGGCACCUGGAGCGGCGACGUGCCACGCUGCACGCGUAAGCGCUGCCAUGAAUUCCCCACCAUUGACAAUGGCUUUGUAGUGGAUGCAGCGCGUGCAUAUUAUUUCGGCGAUGAGGCUCGUGUCCAGUGCUAUAAGGGUUACAAGCUCAUCGGCAGCAAUAUCAUACGCUGUAGCGAGGCUCAGAUCUACGAGAAUCCACCAACCUGCGAGGACAUCAACGAAUGCAGCUCGUCCCAAUGUGAUUUGACGACCACUGAAUGCAUGAACACCAAUGGUUCAUUCCACUGCCAGUGUCGGUCUGGUUUCACCGCAACUACCGAAUGCAGGCCUGUCGGCGAUUUGGGAUUGGGAAAUGGUGGCAUACCCGACGACAGCAUAUCUACCUCGGCAAGCGAACCAGGCUACAGCAAGAGCUUCGUGCGUCUGAAUUCUAUGGGCUGGUGCGGCGCUUCUAUGGAGCCUGGCUCAAACUGGAUACUCAUUGAUCUGAAGGCACCAACUAUCCUGCGUGGCUUCCGCACCAUGUCUGUCCAACGCCACGAUGGCAAUGUGGCCUUCAGUUCAGCUGUGCGGCUGCAGUACACAAACGAUUUGACGGAUGUUUUCAAAGAUUACGCCAACCCCGAUGGCACGGCUGUUGAAUUCCGUAUACUGGAACCUACUCUAUCCAUUCUAAAUCUGCCCCUGCCCAUUGAAGCUCGCUACAUACGCUUCCGCAUUCAGGAUUAUGUGGGCGCACCUUGCAUACGCAUGGAGCUCAUGGGUUGCACGCGAUUGGAUUGUGUGGACAUCAAUGAGUGCACUAAGAAUAAUGGUGGCUGCGAUCAGAAAUGUAUCAACUCGCCUGGUGGCUAUGCCUGUGCCUGUAAUACGGGUUAUCAGCUGUACACGGCUAACGGUACGGCCGGUUAUCACAUCGAGCGAUCGGAGUCGGGUGAACGCGAUGGAGAUAGCUAUCAGCGUAAUAAGACGUGCGUGCCCCUAAUGUGCCCUCAAUUGUCGGCGCCAGAGAAUGGACAGCUUCUAAGCGAGCGCAACGACUAUCACUUUGGUGAUGUGGUGCGUUUCCAAUGUCACUUUGGAUACAUAAUGAGUGGCAGCUCUUCUGCCCUGUGCCUGUCUAGCGGUCAAUGGAAUGCCAGCGUGCCCGAAUGCAAUUAUGCUAAAUGUGUUUCUCUGCCUGAUGAUAAGUUGGAGGGUCUGACUGUUGCACGUCCCGAUCCUGAAUCUGUGCUCGUGCCUUUCCGUGACAACGUGACCAUCAGCUGUGGAGCUGCAGGCCGUCAGCUUCGCGCCACUGCCUCCGCCGGUUUCCGACAAUGCGUCUACGAUCCCAAGCCUGGACUACCUGACUACUGGUUAUCGGGAAUGCAGCCCAAUUGCCCGCGGAUCGAUUGCUAUGCUCCUAUGCCCACACCAGGCGCCGAAUAUGGCCAAUUUGUGGACACACGUUACCAGAGCAACUUUUUCUUCGGCUGCCAAAAUACCUUCAAGCUGGCUGGUCAGACUUCCCGCCAUGACAAUGUUGUACGAUGUGGCAGUGAUGGCAUUUGGGACUUUGGCGACUUACGCUGCGAAGGUCCCGUGUGCGAAGAUCCUGGUCGUCCCGCCGAUGGACGUCAAUUGGCUCGUAGCUAUGAACAGAGUUCGGAGGUUUAUUUCGGCUGCAAUCGUCCUGGCUACAUUCUCAUCAAUCCACGCCCCAUUACAUGUAUUCGCGAGCCAGAGUGUAAGGUAAUUAAGCCUUUGGGUCUGAGCUCGGGCAGAAUUCCAGAUUCAGCCAUAAACGCUACCUCUGAGCGACCUAACUAUGAGGCCAAGAACAUACGCCUCAACUCUGCUACUGGAUGGUGCGGCAAACAGGAGGCAUUUACAUAUGUGAGCGUGGACUUGGGACAAAUAUAUCGAGUGAAGGCCAUUUUGGUGAAGGGUGUAGUCACCAAUGACAUUGUGGGUCGGCCCACCGAAAUACGUUUCUUCUACAAGCAAGCAGAACAUGAGAACUAUGUGGUCUACUUCCCCAAUUUCAACCUAACAAUGCGCGAUCCGGGCAACUAUGGUGAACUGGCCAUGAUAACGCUUCCCAAAUAUGUGCAGGCGCGUUUUGUUAUCUUGGGCAUUGUGAGCUAUAUGGAUAAUGCUUGUCUGAAGUUCGAGCUUAUGGGCUGCGAGGAGCCAAAGAAAGAACCACUACUAGGCUAUGACUAUGGAUACUCUCCAUGUGUGGACAACGAACCUCCUAUUUUCCAGAACUGCCCACAGCAGCCGAUUGUGGUGCGUCGUGAUGAGAACGGUGGUGUAUUGCCCGUAAACUUCACCGAACCAACUGCUGUAGAUAACUCGGGAUCCAUUGCCCGCCUGGAGGUGAAACCACAAAACUUCCGCACGCCUAGCUACGUUUUUAAGGAUACAGUUGUUAAAUAUGUUGCCUUCGACUAUGAUGGAAAUGUUGCCAUAUGUGAGAUUAACAUCACUGUACCGGAUGUAACGCCACCACUACUACAGUGCCCUCAGAGCUAUGUCAUUGAGUUGGUGGAUCGUCAAGACAGCUACAAUGUGAACUUUAAUGAUACGCGUAAGCGCAUUAAGACGUCUGAUGAAGCUGGUGAAGUGCGUUUGCUGUUCACACCAGAGCGUGCUACCAUAAAGAUCGGAGCCUUUGAGAAUGUAACAGUGACAGCCACAGAUAAGUUCAACAAUCGUGCGCACUGCCACUUCCAAGUGUCUGUCCAGGCAUCCCCUUGUGUAGACUGGGAGCUACAACCACCUGCCGACGGAGCCAUCAAUUGUCUUAAUGGGGAUCGUGGUAUUGAAUGCAUAGCCACUUGCAAGCCCGGCUUCCGAUUUACCGAUGGUGAACCUUUGAAGACCUUCUCGUGCGAAACUUCGCGUCUCUGGCGUCCCACCUCCGUGGUGCCCGAUUGUGUUUCAGAGAAUACCGAGCAGGCAGCUUACCACGUUACGGCCACGGUUACCUAUCGUGCCAAUGGUGCGGUAGCACCAUCCUGUCUAGGCCAGUACCAAGACCUGCUUUCUCAGCACUACUCCGGACUUAAUCAGGUGCUCUCGCAACGUUGCUCAGCUGUAAAUGUGAACAUGAAUGUAACAUUCGUAAGGUCAGUGCCUUCAUUGCUAGAGGAGAACGUUGUCAAGAUGGAUUUCAUUCUAUCCAUAUUGCCUGCCAUUCGCCAACCGCAGCUGUAUGAUCUUUGUGGUUCAACUCUAAAUCUCAUCUUUGAUCUGAGCGUACCUUAUGCUAGUGCUGUCAUUGAUUCGCUGCUUAACAUUUCCAAUAUUGGCAAUCAGUGUCCCCCAUUGCGUGCCCUGAAAUCGAACAUUUCUCGUGGAUUCAAUUGCAACGUUGGGGAGGUGUUGAAUAUGGACACAAGUGACGUUCCACGUUGUCUGCAUUGUCCUGCCGGCACUUAUGUAGCGGAGGGCCAGAACACCUGCACAUAUUGUCCGCGCGGCUACUACCAGAAUCGUGAUCGUCAGGGCACCUGCAUGCGCUGUCCCGCCGGAACCUACACCAAGGAGGAGGGUUCAAAGUCUCUGAAUGAUUGCAUACCUGUCUGUGGCUAUGGCACCUAUUCGCCAACUGGUCUGGUUCCUUGCUUGGAGUGUCCACGCAACUCCUUUACUGCUGAGCCACCCACGGGAGGAUUCAAAGAUUGCCAGGCUUGUCCAGCUCAAAGCUUUACCUAUCAGCCGGCUGCAGCCAGCAAGUCUCUAUGCCGCGCUAAAUGUGCUCCUGGAUUCUAUUCCGCUACCGGUCUAGCACCGUGCUCUGCCUGUCCCCUGCAUCACUACCAAAGCGCAGCCGGAGCCCAAAGCUGCAACGAAUGUCCAACCAACAUGCGCACAGAUGGACCUGGUGCAAAGGGACGCGAGGAAUGCAAGCCUGUGGUGUGUGGAGAGGGCGCCUGUCAGCAUGGUGGUCUCUGCGUACCCAUGGGACAUGAUAUCCAAUGCUUCUGCCCUGCCGGUUUCUCUGGCCGUCGCUGCGAACAAGACAUUGACGAGUGUGCCUCACAGCCAUGCUACAACGGUGGCCAAUGCAAAGAUCUGCCUCAAGGAUAUCGUUGUGAGUGCCCAGUCGGCUAUUCUGGCCUCAACUGUCAGGAAGAAGCCAGCGACUGCAGCAGCGACACAUGUCCAGCGCGUGCUAUGUGCAAGAAUGAGCCGGGACACAAAAAUGUAACGUGCCUAUGCCGCAGCGGUUACACAGGAGAGCAGUGUGAUGUGACUAUCGAUCCUUGUACGGCAAAUGGUAAUCCUUGUGCGAACGGAGCUAGCUGCUUAGCUCUACAACAGGGACGCUACAAAUGCGAGUGCCUGCCUGGCUGGGAAGGUUUGCACUGCGAACAAAAUAUUGACGACUGUGCCGAGCAUCCAUGUCUUCUGGGCGCCAACUGCACAGAUCUAGUGAAUGACUUCCAGUGCGCCUGCCCUUCAGGCUUCACUGGUAAGCGCUGCGAAGAGAAGAUCGAUUUGUGUCUAUCGGAGCCCUGCAAGCAUGGCACCUGUGUAGAUCGCUUAUUCGACCACGAGUGUGUCUGCCAACCCGGCUGGACAGGUGAAGCUUGCGAUGUGAACAUCGAUGAUUGCGCCAACAAACCGUGCGCCAAUGACGGCCAAUGUCUCGAUCUUGUCAAUGGAUAUAGCUGCAAUUGUGAGCCAGGCUAUACCGGCAAGAACUGCCAGCAUACUAUUGAUGAUUGUGCCUCGAAUCCCUGCCAGCAUGGUGCUACUUGCAUUGAUCAGCUCGAUGGCUUCAGCUGCAAGUGCCGACCUGGUUAUGUGGGUUUGAGCUGCGAAGCAGAAAUUGAUGAAUGCCUGAGCGAUCCCUGCAAUCCUGUUGGCACUGAGCGUUGCCUUGAUCUGGAUAACAAGUUUGAGUGCGUCUGCCGAGACGGCUUCAAGGGCGCGCUUUGUGAAACGGACAUUGAUGACUGCGAGACAAAUCCUUGUCUUAACAAUGGCAUCUGCCGCGAUCGUGUUGGUGGCUUUGAGUGUGGCUGCGAGCCAGGCUGGAGCGGUAUGCGCUGCGAGCAGCAAGUUACCACCUGCAACGUGCAGGCGCCUUGCCAGAACGAUGCCAGCUGCAUCGAUCUGUUCCAGGACUACUUCUGCGUAUGCCCCAGUGGCACCGAUGGCAAGAACUGCGAGACGGCACCGGAACGCUGCAUUGGCGACCCUUGUAUGCAUGGCGGCAAAUGCCAGGACUUUGGCUCUGGGCUGAACUGCACAUGUCCGUCGGAUUAUGCGGGCAUCGGUUGUCAAUAUGAAUAUGAUGCAUGCGACGCUAACGUUUGCCAGAAUGGAGCAAUCUGUCGUGACAAUGGCGCUGGCUAUAGCUGUGAAUGCCCCCCUGGUUUCACCGGCAAGAAUUGCGAGCAGGAUAUCGUGGACUGUAAGGACAACUCGUGCCCACCGGGCGCCACUUGCGUCGAUCUUACCAAUGGAUUUUACUGCCAGUGCCCCUUCAACAUGACUGGCGAUGAUUGCCGCAAGGCUAUACAAGUGGACUACGAUUUGUACUUCAGCGAUCCAACUCGUUCUACAGCUGCCCAGGUUGUGCCAUUCUACACCGGGGAGGCUAAUAGCCUUACCGUGGCCAUGUGGGUCCAGUUUGCACAGAAGGAUGAUACGGGCAUUUUCUUCACACUGUAUGGUGUGGAAUCCGCGCGUAUAACAAACCGCCGUCGACUGCUUCUUCAGGCUCAUUCCAGUGGUGUGCAGGUCUCACUCUUUGACGAGCUUCCAGACGUUUUCCUCUCGUUCGGAGAGUACACCUCCGUAAACGAUGGUCAAUGGCAUCACGUAGCUGUUGUCUGGGAUGGCGUUAGCGGUCAGCUGCAGCUCAUUACGGAAGGUUUAAUUGCCAGUAAGGUCGAGUACGGAGCUGGUGGUGCACUGCCAGCCUAUCUAUGGUCAGUCCUGGGUCGCCCCCAACCUGAUAGCGUGAAACAUGAGCUAGCCUACACAGAUUCAGGUUUCCAGGGUACCAUUACUAAGUCACAGGUUUGGGCACGUGCUUUGGACAUUACAUCGGAAAUACAGAAACAAGUUCGCGACUGCCGCUCUGAGCCGGUCCUUUAUCCCGGCCUCAUUCUUAACUGGGCCGGCUAUGAGGUCACUUCAGGUGGAGUGGAACGCAAUGUGCCUUCACUGUGCGGACAGCGCAGAUGCCAAGUGGGCUACACCGGACCCAAUUGCCAACAGCUGGUAGUGGACAAGGAACCACCAGUGGUUGAGCAUUGCCCUGGCGAUCUCUGGGUUAUUGCCAAGAAUGGUUCAGCUGUGGUCACUUGGGAUGAGCCACACUUUAGCGACAAUAUUGGUGUUACUAAAAUCUAUGAGCGCAAUGGACACAGAUCUGGAACCACGUUGCUUUGGGGCACCUAUGAUAUUACGUAUAUAGCAUCUGAUACGGAAGGAAAUACGGCAUCCUGUAGCUUCAAAGUCUCGCUGUUAACCGACUUCUGUCCACCUUUAGCCGAUCCCGUUGGUGGCACUCAAGUCUGCAAGGAUUGGGGUGCUGGCGGUCAGUUCAAGGUUUGCGAAAUCGCUUGCAAUGCUGGCCUCCGCUUCUCCGAACAGGUGCCAGAGUUCUACACUUGCGGCGCUGAAGGUUUCUGGCGACCCACUCGUGCUCCUUCCAUGCCGUUAGUCUAUCCUUCCUGUUCUCUGGCCAAGCCGGCACAACGUGUCUUCCGCAUCAAAAUGCUUUUCCCCUCUGAUGUACUUUGCAAUAAGGCUGGUCAGGCUGUACUUCGGCAGAAGGUAACCAACUCAGUGAAUGCUCUGAAUCGUGACUGGAACUUCUGUUCAUAUGCCAUUGAGGGCACCAGGGAAUGCAAGGAUAUUCAAAUUGACGUCAAGUGUGAUCAUUAUCGCGCUGCUCAAAAUAAUCGCGUGCGUCGUCAACUGAAGGAUGGCGGUGUUUACGUCAUGGAAGCUGAAAUUCCAGUGGUCAAUGAGGAUGACGAGUUGGAUUUGAACGGUCGACAGGGACGCCAACAGACUGGCGGUGAUACUUACACAUUGGAAAUAGCCUUCCCGGCUGUAAACGAUCCUGUUAUACAUACUUCUACUGGCGAACGUUCCAAUGUCAAGCAGCUGCUGGAGAAACUCAUUCUAGAAGACGAUCAAUUCGCCGUUCAGGAAAUAUUGCCCAACACCGUGCCUGAUCCAGCAUCUCUGGAACUAGGAUCUGAGUAUGCUUGCCCUGUGGGCCAGGUGGUCAUGAUUCCAGACUGCGUGCCUUGCGCCAUUGGCACCUACUACGACAUUGCCAAUAAGACUUGCGUUGCAUGCGAGCGUGGCAGCUACCAAUCCGAGGCGGGUCAACAGCAGUGUAGCAAGUGUCCAGUGAUUGCUGGACGUCCUGGCGUCACAGCCGGACCCGGUGCUCGUUCGGCUGCCGACUGCAAGGAACGCUGCCCAGCUGGCAAAUACUUCGACUCGGAGACUGGACUUUGCCGUCCUUGCGGUCACGGUUUCUAUCAAUCCAACGAAGGUGCCUUUGGCUGUGAACUGUGCGGCUUGGGUCAAACAACGCGCUCCACCGAAGCCACAUCUCGCAAAGAAUGUCGCGACGAGUGCAGCUCCGGACAACAGCUUGGCGCCGACGGGCGUUGCGAGCCUUGCCCACGAGGCACCUACCGCCUGCAAGGCGUUCAGCCUAGCUGCGCAGCCUGUCCAUUAGGACGUACCACACCCAAGGUGGGAGCCAGUUCUGUCGAAGAGUGCACACUUCCUGUAUGCUCGCCUGGAACUUAUCUCAAUGGCACACUCAAUAUGUGCAUCGAGUGCCGCAAGGGCUUCUACCAGUCCGAGUCCCAGCAGACCACCUGCAUACAGUGUCCGCCCAACCACAGCACCAAGAUCACCGGCGCCACCUCGAAGAGCGAGUGCACCAAUCCGUGCGAGCACAUUGCCGAGGGCAAACCGCAUUGCGAUGUCAAUGCAUACUGCAUCAUGGAACCAGAGACAACCGACUUCAGUUGCGAAUGUAAGCCUGGUUUCAACGGCACCGGCAUGGUCUGUACUGACGUUUGCGAGGGCUUCUGUGAGAAUUCCGGCACCUGCGUUAAGGAUCUGAAGGGCACUCCAUCCUGCCGCUGUGUGGGCUCAUUCACUGGACCGCAUUGCGUUGAACGCUCCGAGUUUGCUUAUAUUGCCGGCGGCAUUGCGGGAGCUGUAAUAUUUAUUAUCAUCAUUGUGCUGCUCAUUUGGAUGAUUUGUGUGCGUUCGACAAAGCGUCGCGAUCCCAAGAAAAUGCUGACACCGGCCAUCGAUCAGACCGGCUCUCAGGUGAACUUCUAUUACGGCGCACACACGCCCUAUGCGGAAUCCAUAGCGCCCUCACACCACAGCACCUACGCGCACUACUACGACGACGAGGAGGAUGGCUGGGAGAUGCCAAACUUCUACAAUGAGACCUACAUGAAGGAUGGUCUCCAUGGUGGCAAGAUGAGUACAUUGGCGAGGUCAAAUGCUUCGCUCUAUGGAACUAAAGAAGACUUAUACGAUCGACUGAAACGUCAUGCCUACACGGGCAAGAAAGAAAAGAGUGACAGUGAUAGCGAAGUACAGUAAAACCCCAUACACAUACACACAGAACUCGUGCUGGCGCUACAAUUAUAAAAAUAAACAAAACAAAAGAGAAA